AUGGCAGCAACUCGGUUGCAUUACAUCUUGCUCGCUGCGGCGGCUAUCCUGCUCCUGCUGGGACUGGCUCGCCAGCAUGACCAGGUCAUUGACACGAUCAAGAAGCCUUGGGAGGGCGGCAAAGACGCAGCAGGCAGCAGCAGCAGCAGCAGCGGUGGCCGGCGACCAAGCUUCAGGGAGGUCGCGCUUCAACACGGCACUGACAAGGUGACCACGCACCAGUACUGGUUCAUGUAUGAGAAGUACCUCGAGCCGCUGCGUGAGAAGAAGCUCAAGAUGCUCGAGAUCGGCCUGGGCUGCAACAUGGGCUACGGUCCCGGCAAGUCGUACUACACGUGGCUGGAGUUCUUCCCCAAUGUCGACCUGUACUACAUAGAGUACGACGCCGCCUGCGCCGAGAAGUGGAAGGACAAGACCUCGGGCGCCACCAUCUUCACCGGCGACCAGGCUGACCGCACCUUCCUGCGCCGCUUCGUCCAGGAGUCGGGCGGCGAUUUCGACGUCAUCAUCGACGACGGCGGCCACAGCAUGGACCAGCAGCGCAACUCACUCGAGGAGCUCUGGGGCAUUGUCAAGCCGGGCGCCCUCUACUUUGUCGAGGACCUGCAGACCUCGUACAUGGGCAGCUACGGCGGCGACGAGAAGGGCGGCAAGGACCCGGCCAAGAACACCAUGACCAAGUACAUCUACGAGCUUAUUGACGACCGCAUGACGGACGGCAACAGGCACCCCAUCUCCAAGGACAUGCGCAGCAUCGACUGCAUGAAGGAGGUGUGCGCCAUCACCAAGAAGGAGGCCAACACGGAUGGAUCAGCACUUGACACGGAGUUUCCAACCAACCUUGGCGACGCGCGCCGCCGUGAAGGAGAUGGCCGUCCCGCUGAUGAUGAAGCCGGCAAAGAGCUGCAGGCCGAGGUAGCUGCCCGAGUUCUUGAGGAUGGCGCCCGCCAGCGGCGCGCCACACAGCGCGGCGAAGGCGUUGAAGAGGCCCGAGAUGCCGAACCGCGCGCCCAGGUACUUGAGGUCGCUCGUGAUGGACGUCAGCACGACGAGCGGCAGGCUGACGAUGCCGCCCGACGCGAAGCCGUACGCGACGGCGAACACGACGUUGCCGGCCGCCGAGUCGACGGCGACCCAGCAGAAGCACGUGACGGCCGACAUGCAGACGACGAGCACGAUGGUGUGCAAGGGUCCGAUGUGCACGGCCAGGUGCGCGGGCGCCAGGCGGCCGACGGACGAGGCGGCGUUGAGGAUGGCGACGAGGUUGAGCGCCACGUUGCGGUCCGUGAGGCCGUGGCCCAGCGCGUAGGUCUGCAGGUAGAAGAGCGGGAUGAAGAAGCCGAAGUUGGAGCAGAACAUGGCGAGGCAGUAGAAGAUGUAGGGCCACUCGCGGAAGGCCGAGGGGUCGACGAGGGAGCGCACGCGCCGCGGGGAGAAGCGCGUGCGCAUGACGAGCACGCUGAAGCCGCAGGUCGCCAGCGACAGGAGGCCCAGCACGCGCAGCGUCCAGCCGAAGCCGACGCGCCCCAGCAGGUUCUGGAAGAUGAGCGGGUAGACGACCCCGCCCAGGCUGCCGCCGCAGACGGCGAUGCCCGUGACGAGGGCGCGCCGGCGCAGGAACCACUGCGGCAGGACGGCGAGCCCGGGCACGACGAUGCAGCCGGCGCCGAGGCCGACGCAGAACCCCUGCGACAGCAGGAUGUGCCAGUACUGCGUGCCGAUGCUCGUCAUCAUGGUGCCGAAGGCGAUGCAGAAGGUGCCCACGGCCAGGAGCGACGUGCACCACCCGGCGUCGAGGAGCGGGCCCGCGAUGGCGCCGCCGCCGAGCAGCAGGAAGGGCUGGACGGAGCCGAUCCAGGAUAUCGUCGAGGGCGAGAUGGAGCUGAGGAAGUUUGUCUCGUACCAUGCCCUGGUCCCGCCGUCGGGGAUCGUCUCCUCUGCCAACAGGACGACGCCCGCGGACUCCUCCUCAUUGGGUUCUGGGGUCUUUUCGCGGACCUGCUCCGCGAUCUGCUCCGCGACCGCCGUGGUCUCCAUGAUGAUGGUGGUCGUCGAAGUUGA